AUGAAAGGAGAUAACUUCGGCCUCUUCAGCCCCGUGAAGUCCCUGACAGUGAAAAAUUAUAACAAGAUACUGGUCGACCAAAAACACAAACUGGAAACUAAACCAUUCUCUGGGGGUAUUUAUAGGGCCUCCAGCACUCAGAUCACCAGUCUGUGGGUUCCAACCACUUGCUAUAAAUAUUUGGUGACAACUCGUGCCAUAAUGCAACGUCUCAGCCUCCUCAUCUUGGCCGCCUGCCUCUCCCUGGCACUGACAAAGAGCGUCCAUACAACGGAGAAGCCCUGUGAGGACUACUGCAGAUUGAAGGCCAAAAUAACCAAUACGAAUGCUGCGACCGAAACCCGGGACGAUGCCCCACCGUCAAGCGGCCCUAUUGCCCUCAGAUACACAUAUCCGUUCGCUCCUGCCGCUUCGACACCCACUGCGAAAAGCACGAGAAAUGCUGCGAAGAACCUUGCCUGACCCACAAGGUGUGCAAACCUGCCAUUCAGGGGCCGCGCGCUGGGUGACGUCACUGCUGCUGCUGCGGGAGGCAGGAGAAGGAAGCCUACCGGCGACCCUAUUUACUAUACAGAUACAUAUUCGUAGACAUACAUACAAAUAUAUAUACAUGCAUACACUGGACUUGAUUAAUAAAGUGUUAUAUACUUCACCCUUCUGCUUACAUAUUCCUAUGAAUUCGAUAUCACUUAUAAGAUGCGCACCAUAUUCAUGCAGAAGAAUCUCUUAAUCUUAAAUACCUCUUAGUAAAGUUAGUAAAAGUUAGUAAAGAAAGUAAAGGCCUCGUGAUGUCUUUAUAUAUGUGUCACUCCGUCUCUGUCUAAUCAUAUUAUCUUAUCACUGUAACUUUUUCUCACUGACUGUAAAAAUGUAUAAUUACCCAACGCUAUACAUCUCCGAAGAAAUAAAACAGAGUAAAUGUACUAAGACAAACCGCCAUGAUCCAAGCAAACGCCCGCUCAGGGAAUCGCUGCUUAAAAGGACGUCUCGUCAGAGAGCAGGACAGGCAGAACGGAAGGAAGAGAGAGACAGGGACAGACGGCACACAGACGACGGUCUCGCUCAUCACCGCUCCGCCCUGGGCACCAGGGGCACGGGUCUCUCGUGGGGUUUCACACACCUUCCCCAAUAAACCUUCAAGUCCA